CCAUCUGGCAGCACUGUACCGCGAACAGUUGUUGUCUUUUUUCGCGUCCGAAGUUUGGGUUUUGGUGCGUUGCGUUUUUUUUUGUGUGUCGCUCCGCUGUUUCAGGUGCUCCGCGUUUUAUUGCCCUCUCUUAAUCUUAUCGCAAAUCAAACCACGGGCAAUGAGAAUUGUAAUUGCAUUUUUUGGCUAACGGUAACGGUUUCUCACAGUGGGCUAAAAAGGGAUUUACAUUUUCAAAUCGAAAUCCCGGCCAGAACUUGAAGUGAUAAAAAAUGCCCGUGAAGACGGUGAAUCGUCAGCAAAGUCAAACGCCCGCCCAACAAUUGCAAAUGCAGCAACAGCGGGACGUCGAAAAUGGCCUUUAUCCCACAAUUCCCCCGGAGCGCCGAUCUCCCCCUUCCCGUCCACAAACCUUGCGCCAGGACACCAUCGAUAUGGAGGAAAUUCCCCUUAACCAGAACAACGUCGUCGAACCCGAGGAUCGUCGAAAAAUGCGCGAGAUAUUCGACAAGCACGAUUCCGACAGAGACGGUCUGAUUGGCACGCACGAGUUGAAGGAGCUGAUAUCGGAUGGCUACUGCCGCGACAUCCCUGCCUAUAUUGCCGAGCAGAUCCUGAAGCGCAGCGACCAGGACAACGAUGGCCACCUCGACUUCGAGGAGUUCUACGGGAUGUCGCUGCGCCACAAGUGGAUGGUGCGCAACCUGCUCACCCGCUACUGUCGCUACGUGGUGCCGCCGCCCAAGCCUCUGGAGGGCGAUGAGCCCGAUGGAGCCUACGAGAAGCAGAUGUCCAUCUGCCCGCCACCGCUCACCAUGGUCAUCUUCUCGAUCAUCGAGAUCAUCAUGUUCCUGGUGGACGUCAUUCACUUUCAAGAUGACCCCAACUACCAGGAUCGCAUUGGCGAGAGCACAAGUGGUCCGGCGGCGACCCUCUUCAUCUAUAAUCCCUACAAGCGCUACGAGGGCUGGCGCUUCGUGAGCUACAUGUUCGUCCACGUGGGCAUCAUGCACCUGAUGAUGAACCUGACCAUCCAGAUAUUCCUGGGCAUCGCCCUGGAGCUGGUGCAUCACUGGUGGCGCGUGGGCCUCGUCUAUCUGGCUGGCGUCUUGGCCGGAUCCAUGGGCACAUCGCUCACCAGUCCGCGCAUCUUUUUGGCGGGCGCCUCGGGAGGAGUAUAUGCCCUGAUCACGGCGCACAUUGCCACGAUUAUAAUGAACUACUCGGAGAUGGAGUACGCCAUCGUGCAGCUGCUGGCCUUCCUGGUCUUCUGCUUCACCGAUCUGGGCACCUCGGUGUACCGCCACCUGACCGACCAGCGCGACCAGAUCGGCUACGUGGCGCAUUUGUCGGGUGCGGUGGCCGGAUUGCUGGUGGGGAUCGGGGUGCUGCGCAACCUGGAGGUGAGACGCUGGGAGCGCAUCCUCUGGUGGGUGGCCGUCAUCGUGUACUUCGCCCUCAUGACCACCGGCAUCAUCAUCCACGUCUUUGUGCCCGACUACUUCCCCAAACAGGAGUACAACUAGCCGUAGAGAUUAGCCUAGAGCCGUAGCCUAGAUGUCCAUGUCCAAAGUGCACUUCGAUGUUGAGCCAAGGCUGCAGUACGAACAGUUUUGAUAGUAGUAUCUAUAUAGGGAUGCCCCGCGCCACGCCGAAUCCCACUCCCACUCCCAAUUCCGACCAUGUGCCUACUAUACUAUAUAGUAUGUCAGCUGCAAACAUAAUUUAUUUUCUUACUCCUUGCCAUGGCAGCAUCACCCCGACCGUACGUGGAGCGGUGAACGUAUUUUUAUAUAUUUAUACACAUGCAAGUAUAUAUGAUCUUGAUCUACAUGACGCAACGAAAUGUCUGGGUGGGUUUCCGACCCGAGACCAAAACAGAGAACAGAACUCAGAUGCAUUUGUAGUGUACAUUUCGUCAAUACCUUUUUUUAUUAAUUAAAAAGCAAUCAAGAAUAAUGAGUAAUAUUUUUAAACAAAGUGUAUUGUAUAUUUUUGGAGAUUUAUUAUUAAGCUCUUAUAUUUAAAAUGCAAUAAAAACAAUGUCUUUGUAUGGAGAAA